AUGAAGACCCAAGCCCUCAUCGUCUCUCUGCUUGCUGGUAUCGCAACAGCCAGUCCUCUUGCUGUUGAAGUUCGCCAGUCCACCAACGUUGGCAUCACAGCCAAUGAGUUCACCAGAGGCGGCUGCAGGGAUAUCAUAUUCUUCUUUGCUCGAGGCUCCACUGAAGUUGGAAACAUGGGGAGUACCGUUGGACCUCCCACUGGAGAAGGGCUGAAGAGGGCAUUUGGAGGAAACAGUGUUGCUGUUGAAGGCAUCGACUAUGCUGCUGCUCUGUCCACAAACUUCCUCCCUGGAGGGGCUGAUCCAGCUGGAAUUCGCGAAAUGCGAGACCUCUUUGUGGACGCUGCGUCCAGAUGCCCGAACUCAGUACUUGUUGGUGGUGGCUACAGUCAAGGAGCAGCUCUUUGCCACCGUGCGAUUGAGAAUCUUCCACAAGCAGUCAAAGAUCAAAUUGCUGGUGUCGUAACGUACGGUGACACUCAAAACCAACAAGACAAUGGUCAAAUCCCCAACUUCCCAAGGGACAAGGUUCUUGUCAUUUGCAACUCUGGUGAUGCGGUAUGCCGAGGGACAUUGACCAUUUUGCCAGCUCACUUGGACUAUGAGAGAAGAGUCCCCGAGGCUGUGACCUUCUUGACUGGAAAGAUCAGAGCUGCGCAGUGAUUGCCAGCAUGGUUUCAGCAGGGAGAAACAAUGGAAGGGAAUGCGGAAGAUGGCGGGCAGGG